CCAAGUUUGUGUCAUUCCAGCUUCGCACUCCUCAGACUCCAUCCUCUCUCUCUCUCACAUACGCGCGCGCAGAGGCCGGAGUGCGCAGCAGAGUUUAAAUAUAGUCGCAAGCACACCUUCGCCAUUUCUGCAAGCUUGCGAGAAUCAUAAGCCCUCGCCUCCGUUACACUGUUUCACACAAAAGAAAUAUCUCCACAAGAAACCCUCCAAUUUCGCACGUGAUUACGACAUACAUUACUCAGGGAGCCGAUGAUUGAUCCGAGCUCAUCAAUUCCGGAACUAAUCAAAUUUAUUAAGCACUCAUUUCGCAAAUGCGAGUUUGAUGAGGUGCAGAAUACAUUGAUGGAGCGGGAAAAAAGUAUGAAAGUUGAAAUGGAAAAGCUUGUCAGAGAUUGUGAUGAACUGAAGAAACAGGUUGAUUUCCUGGAGCGCUGUUUGGGCUAUUCGGAGUUGGAGAAGUGUGAUCUGGAGGAGAAGCUGAGAGAGAGUCAGAAGAGAGGUGACGAGUUGGAUAAAAUGCUCGUCCAAACGAACGAGAAAUUUGAGAAAUUGAGGAGGGAAAAACACGAUGUUGAGAACGAGCUGGUUAGGAGUAUUGGAAAAUACGAGGAGAUGGAUGAACGGCUCAUCAAAAUGGGGAAGGAGAUUGAGGAAUUGAGGCGAGAGAGCCUUUCUGCAAAUAAAACAAUAGAGGAGUUGAAGGCAAAGGAGAUUGAGGCUGAUCGCGUUGCGCAGGAACUGAAGCGCCAAAAUAAUGAGACAGCACCUACUGACACUGAACUGGAGAAGAAUAUGCAGAAUGGCGAGGUGAACCCGGAAGAAGAUAGGGCUACCGAGUCACCUGAAUUUCCUGCAAUUUCUGGUUCACACCUGAGUGUAAUGCAAUCGGGUGGUGAAGUGCCUGCAGAGAAGACAGUAGCUUCAUCUUCCGCUGCUGGAAAGGUUGUGAUCGUCAUAUGUGAUAGUGACAGCAAUGAUGAAACUCGUAUUCCUGACACUUCGUCUUGGCAGACAAAGGGGAGAAAAAUAAGCACAUCUGCUACGCCAUCUCGCUGUCGUUCAUUGCCCAGCAGCAGAGUUGAAGAAAGAGCUGGUGCUCUUCAAAAGUCUCAUACCGGAGAUCGUAUUGAUUCUACAGAUUCGGAUGAUUCAAUCUCAGCUGGCUACACGAACAACCUCAUUGCGACGAUUGAAAGUAAAGGAAACAACAAAAAAGUAGGUACAGCUGCCUCGCCACCGCCUAGCUGCCCAUUGAUGCCGUCCCGUUGCACAACACCGGUUGUUGAGCCUAGGUUUACGUGGGCGAGACCAUUAAUGCAAGGAUAUAAGUGUCGCAUCAACCAAUAUGUGCGCGAUGAGGUUGUGGAGCUUGUGGGGUUGACAUUACGGGCAGUAGGUGGUGAGGAAGCUGUUGAGAGAUUUAGGGAAGGACCAUUUGGUCACUUUCUUGAUUUGAGGAUAGGAAAUAGCGCUAAUAAUGCACUACAUGAGCUUAUGGCCCACGAGCUAGAAGAUGCUAGCUUCUCAGAGCAGGAGAGAUGGUUUCACAUUGGUGGCACUGAUAUUGUAUUCACUGCGCAAGAUUACAUGCUUGUGACUGGGUUGGCGUUUACAAAAAAGAACUACGACCCCAAUUCGAAAAAGCAUGAGAUUUCUCAGACUUCCAUGUUCUGUAGGAUAUCAAGAGGGAAAAGAAUGAAAAUCGACAUGCUUCGCCAUAUUUUCAAUGCACAAGAGUUUGGUGACAAUGUGGAUGAUUAUUUGAAAGCUGCUAACAUAAUUUUUCUAUACCAUCUCCUCAUAUGCAGCGGUAAUGUGUGGAUAGCAGAUUGGGUGUGGGCAUUGGUAGAGGAUGUGGAGCGUUGGUCAAGUUUUCCUUGGGGAGCUUACUCAUAUCAAAUUUUGUGUCAUAAUAUGAGCAUUUUGUAUAAGCAUCCGGAUUUCUUCACUGGUGAUACAUAUCACUUCUUUGGACCUAUUUGGGCUUUACAGAUUUGGUCCUACGAGGCCAUUCCGGCUUUAGGACGAGUUUGCGGAACCCGAGAUGAUGAGAUGCGAUUUCCUCGCUGUUUGAUGUGGAAGACACAUAAAAGCACGACUGGUUUGACUUCUUUUUUCGACCGGUCGUUACAGGUUGAGCCUUUGGAAGUUAAUUCGACUGAAGAAUCUAAGAAUUAUUAUAUGAUGUUUGUAGAAUGGCAGAGAGGGGAGCAUGAUGUCUUAUUUGUAGCAUCCAAGAGGAAUGCCACGAAGAAAUUGCCUUAUGCAAAACAGAUGGAGAUGUUUGGUAAUAAAAAAAAAGCAAUUUCUUGUGGAGCAGAUUCGGGCCCUUCUAAAAGGAAACAUAAGGAUAUCGAGCAUCCAUGUCCUGAGGCACGCCACACAUUUGGGCAUGUCCGAAAGCGAUGCCCGAGUGCUUGCAAUGAGGCUGGACUGGAGACGGAGCCUCUUCUUAAAUGCUGUUUGCAUGGACUUCCCUGUCGGUCUUCUGAGAUUGAUGAUGAUGCUCAUUUUGCUCGUCUUGCUCAGAGAAUUGCGCCAUAUAUGCCAGUAGAUGCUUCUGAGAUAGGUUGGAUAGAUGUGCUUGCUCGCCGAUUAGUGCAAAUGACCAGCGGUAGGCCGAGCACUUCACAAGCUUGCUCUAGUUCCCGUAGCAUCCCUGCUACGAGAAGUCAUGAUCACUUUCAUCCGAUAUCAUCCGAGCAUGAUGUUGAGCACCCAACUAAGGAUGUCGUUGAGCAUUUUCAGCCCAUGUGCCCUGAUUGUCCAUAACUGUGUACUGAGUUAUGCAACUGUGUUUAAAAAUUAAUUGUACUGUUUUUCAUAACUGCGUGCUGAGUUAUGCAACUGUGUUUAAAAAGUAAUUGUGUACUUAAUGUCAAUAUAUGUGUACUAAGUAAUUGUGUAUCCGUGUAAUUGUAUGCUCGUGUAUCUAACUGUGUAGUCGUGUACUUGUAUAUAACUGUGUACUUAUUGUCCGUUUCUCAAGAAAUAAUUGUAUUCUUAUUG